AUGUUUCAGGUGGCUCUCAAUCAAGUCCAGCCUUGCAUGCAUAAAUGAAGGAGAAGGUUAAAUCUUUAACAAUCAUUCUGUUGUUCCUUUUACGUUUUAAAGGAUACUGUCUACUACAACCAGGAAGUCAAGCUAAGGUUCAUGAAAGCCAUGCACAGCAUCGCCAAAGUCACGGGGAGAGCAGUAGCAACAGCCUUUGACCUCUCCGGCUUUAAAUCGGCCUGUGACCUCGGAGGUAAAAAGAAGAACCCAAAGAUUUUAAAUAGCACUUGGUAACAAACACUUCUUUAACAUACAGCUCUGUUUUCUUUCCCAGGAUGCACUGGUGCCAUGGCUUAUGAGUUUACUAAAGCUCAUCCUGGUUUGUCUGUGACCGUGUUUGACCUUCCUGCUGUCGUUGAGAUGAGUGAGCGUUUCAUUCCGCCGCACAGAGACGACAGGGUGUCAUUUGUGGGAGGUUCGUUUGUGUAUCAAACUUAAACUUCAUGCAGUAACAUCAACUUUUGAGAAGCUUAAAAACCAUAAUCCUUUGUGUGCUCAGGAGACUUCUUCACAGACGAGUUACCCAAAGCUGAUUUGUACAUCCUGGCGAGAAUUCUCCAUGACUGGUCUGAGGAGAGGGUCCAUUUUCUGCUGAAGAGGAUCGCAGAUGCAUGCAGACCAGGUAAAAUAUCACACGGUUUUUAGGCUUUUAAUACCAAAAUAAUUGGAGAGUAUUUGAGGUUUGAGUGCUUUGAGUGCAAUGUACAGAGGAUUUUAAGGCAUGUUUUUGCGAUAAGUCUGAUAUCAUCAUAACUUCUCUGUGAUGUUAAGAAGCAGUUCAGCGGUUUUUCUUAGAAGAUCACAAACAGCUCAUGUGGCCUGAGGUUUUGGUUUUGAUGGACCACAGUCUCUUGCCUGAGGGCAGAGUCGGUGAACACCCACUCAUAGUGUGGCACCUUUUCAGAUGGGAUGCAAACAAAUAUGGUAUCUCAUAGUGUGACACAAUUUAGCAGUACCUCAACCCAGAAAGGUUGUAAAAAGGUUGUGUCUGGUUAUCUCAGCACCGCCUACCCUGUGUGACAAACAGUGACAGGUGGACAGUAACCUGUAAGGAAGACCAAGGGCUGGUGGUGCUAGCUCUGAUAACUUCAACCACUCUCAGGAACCCAGUUAAACAUUAGUCAGUAGACUCUGUGAUCCUGUGUUGAGCAGUAUUUCAAAGUGUCUGCAGGGUCUUGAAAAAGAUCAGCCAUGAAAUUAAAUUGAACAAAAUUUAUGGCUAUGAAAAAGUCAACUAGAGCAGGUGAUUAGGUUUGAAUUAUUUCUUAAAAGGUGUUAAAUUUAACUUCAGGACUUUAACUUUGGUUCGAUUUAAAUAAAUGGGAAAUAAGUGACUUUGGGACAACCCUAAAUGUGAGUUGAAUACAUGUCAGGUCUUGCUCCAAAUAAAGAUGAAUAACCAGGGCCUUCUACAAAAAAAUCGACAAAGAGUCCUUCCCAUCUCCCAAGUCUGACUGCAAUCAGUGCUUGAGUCUGAAUCCAAGACACUGAGUCAUUAGUGUUGUGGUUAGGCUGAGUCCCUUUACUUCCUGCAGAGACAAACACACAAAAACAACAUGGCUGCCAGCCUGAGUGGAAAGUUUAUUCAUAAAAAAACGUCUCAGUGUCGUCAGUCGGUUGGAACUGGUUUGGUUAUGAGCUGUCAGACCUCAAAUAAGCCACUGUGUCUAGCAUCAUGUCUCUGCCGUUUGGAGUUUACUAUUUGGAGCAGAAGAAAAAUCUAUAAAACUGUAAACCAUCCAACCAAAAAAAUCAUCAUUACACAGCCUCAAAAGCUCACCGGUUAGAGUUUUUUUAUUCAAGAUGGUAGAGUAUUUAGUCUGAAAAAGAUAGCUUUUUUCUCUCAUUCUUUUGCUGACUGCUUUCACAGUUGUCACAGCUCCUUCAAAGACAUAAGAUUAUAAAAUCAAAACAACCGAUUCCUGUAAAAACAUGAAAGGAAAAAUAUUAAACUGUUCAAUGCAUUUGAACACUUCAAGUAAAUACAGGAAAGUGUGCCUUCUGGGUCGGUUUAUGCAGGAUUAUUAUGAUACUAAAGGACAAUGUGGUCUUAGGAGUCAGGAGGGGUUUUUUAUUUUACAGUGAGCCUGUGUUAUCUGAUUUAACUGAGUCAUUUUGAUUCCUUUUGGUCAAAUCGUCUACAAGAGCAACUGCUGUAACUUUUUAUCAUCUGCGGUCGGCCGAUUCAAGCUGAUAAUGAUUGAAAUUUCUAAAGCAGCUCAGACAUUAAACGUUUGCUCAACAUUGUUUUUCUUUCUGCCCUUUUCUUGAAUAUUGCAUUUUUCAUCAAGUAAAUUAAUGCCAGAGAAUUACAAGGACUCUUAAAUCAGCUGAUACUGUUGUAAAAAGUUGUACAUCUGUACACACACAUCAUGCACUUGCACCAUUGUACCAGGCGGUGGACUCCUGCUCAGUGAGAUCUUCCUGGAUGAAGACAGAGGCGGUCCGAGUCGUGGUUUGCUGCAGGCCCUCAGCAUGAGCGUGGGGAAACAGAGGAGCGCCUCAGAGUACAGCCUGCUUCUGAAGAGCCACGGGUUCACGACGAUGCAUAUCAGACACACAAACAACCUGCUGGAUGCCAUGCUGUGCAUCAAGGAGUGA